AUGUCGUCCUUCGCCGCGAUGACGCCCGCGGCCGCGGCGUCGCGCGUCGCGGCGGCGGCGUCGCGCCCGCGCGCGCGGACGACGGCGUCGUCGUCGUCUCGCGCGGCGGCGGCGGUGGUCCGUCCGUCGCGUUUGCCAUCGUGGUCGUGGUCGUGGUCGUCCGUCCGCGCGGCGGCGGCGUCCGCGUCGGGGAGCGGCGGCGGCGGCGAGGCGACGACGCCGGAGAAGGACCGCGCGGCGGCGGCCGCCGCGGCGCUGAGCGCGGGCGCGGAGAGAGCGACCGCGCGGAGGGUCGCCGCGGCGCGGCGGUACGCGAAUCGGGGCGACGACGACGACGACGACGACAUCGCGUCGUCGUCGUCGUCGUCGGGCGCUCACGGCGCGCCGCGUUCGGCCGAAGAAGCGAGGCGGCGGUACGCGUCGACGCGUCGAGCGGCGGGCGGCGACGCGGGCGACGCCGCCGGCGGAGGCGGAGGAGGACGCGCGCGCGCGGCGCCGAAGCUCAGGCCGUCGUCUAAGAGGCAGCCGCGGUAUAAUCGCCCGAGGCUCGGCGAACCGACGCGGCCGGGGGGGAACGUCGACUGGCGGCACGCGUCGAAACGCGCCGCGCGGGAGAAGAGAGAGAAGGAGAAGCAGGGCGGCGGCGAAAGGUCCGUGAGGUCCCCGGCGCCGGAUGAACGGCCGACAUGGCGGAGCAACGCGCACACGUCGUCCCCGGGGCAGCAACCGCAACAGCGUCGCAAGCAGCCCGGCGCCGGGCUCGGCGGGGAUCGAACUGGCGGCGGCGGCGGGGAUCGAUCCGGCGGCGGCGGCGCCCCCAAAAUGCGCGCGGGCGAGCGGAUCGUCCAGGCCCUGGAGGCGCUCCCGAGCGCGAGCGUGAACGACAUCGCGCUAUCCUCAGGAGGAGUGAGUAACGGAAGAGAGGGGGCGUCCGGGGCGAAUGUGACGAGUGAUCACAAUCACGUCGCGGCGAGUGAUCACGACUCCCUCGGGGACUUCGCGUACUACCCCGGCGCGGCGGCGCCCACGCUGUGGGACGCCGCGAGGGCGGAGGAAGAGGCCGAGACCGCGUCGCGGACGAGCGCGUUCGAGUCCGUGGACGAGGCGGUGACGAUGCCCGGGGGGUCCCCCGUGAAAUUUUCGGCCCCGACGUUGAACUUCGCCAUCAAAGAGCUCGGCGAACGCGGCGACUUUGAACGCGCGCACGCGUUGUAUCUCUGGAUGACGAUGCAAGGCACGACUAAAAAGAAUCGAAGCGGUGAGAACGCUAAGAACGACCCUAACGGCGGGAAAGGGAAGAGCGUCAUGAAGAACUUCGCGCCGAACCGGCACACGCUCGUCUCGCUCUUCGGCGCCGCGAGCGAGAAGCGACACGCCAAGGUCAUCACGAAAGCCUGGCGCGGCGCUUUGUACCGAUUCGCUCAGAUUCACGGGUCAGGCGCGAGCGGCGGAACGAGAGACCGACCAUACCGAGACCGCGACGGGGACGAGAUGAUCAACUCCGAGGUUGGCAGCGCGGCGAUCAUCGCGCUCGGGAGGUGCGAGAACUGGCCCGCCGCGUUCCAGGUGUGGCGAGACAUGCGCGAAGCCGGCGAGCCGCGGUCGCUGUACGUCUACACCGCGAUGCUCACCGUGCUCAGAGACAACGCGCGGUGGGAGGAAGCCGCGGAGGUGUUUCGCGCGAUGCGCGACGAGGAGGGCGUCGCCCCGAACGCGAUGUGCGCGGGGAUGAUGCUCACGGCGUUCGACGCGGCGCGACAGUGGAGAGAGGCGAACGCGAUCGCGAAGCGGCUCUCCGACGUUUACGACGUCGAGUUCGACUCGCAGUUGUAUCACAGCGUCAUCGCCGUCGCGGGCCGCGCGGGGGACAUGGCGCACGCGCGCGCGCAGUUCGAUCGCAUGCGCGGCGGCGACUCGCGGAUCGUCGUGACGACGUUCUCGUACAACUGCCUCUUGGGGGGGUACGCGCGCAACGGCGACUGGGACGGCGCGGCGGCUGUUUUGGCGGAGCUGAAAGCCGCGCACCUCAGGCCGGAUUCGUACACGUUUACGCAUCUCGUCUCCGCGGCGGAGCGAGGGGGGAAGCACGAGGAAGCGGACGAGAUCUGGACGUUGAUGCUCGCGUCAAAGAUACCCCCGAACACGGUCGUGUGCGGGGCGUACGUGCACUGCUUGGGGAGCCAAGGGCGAUGGAUGGAGGCCAAGGCGCUGGUCGAUCAGAUGCGGAAUAAGUGGGGCGCGGCGAGGAACGCCGCCGUGUACAACGCGUUGCUCGGCGCGUUGGUCCGCGCGGAUCGGCUCGAGGAGAGUCUGUCGACGUUCGACGCCAUGCAGAGCGAGGACGGGAUCUUACCCACGGAGAUCACGUUCAUGCUGCUCGUUAGGGCGUGCCAGGAUAACGGCAUGGUGAACAAGGCGAGGGAGCUGACGGCGAUGCGCGACGCGCUCGCUGAGACGGGGGCGCUGGAGAAUGACUUCAGGCGCGUUCUCAUCCAUCAUCACACUGGUUCCCGUACGACCGCGUCGGCGCGGUGA